AUGCUCCCUAAUCAACGAGAACGUGGUGUUGAAGGUGACGGAGUCUCUGGGCUUGAGGGUCAUCUCCGAAAUAUGAUUCUCACAAAUGCUAAUGCCAAUGUCAAUGCCAAUGCCAACCAAAGCACCAAUCCAGCAGGCACUCCUUCCACGUCAAGAAGGCGACCGAACCAGGCUCAACGACGUCAGAUGCAGUUCACAGUCAGCCCCGAGCCUCGGCAGCAGCUUCCGGCUAGGAAUGCCCAAUGGCCACCGCAGCAGCACCAGCAGCACCAGCAGCAGCAUCAGUCUCGUUCAACCUCAGGCCCGAGAUCCUCAGACUUUCCCCGUUCUCGAAAUUCAUGGAAUGGUCCUUCACAGGCAUCUGCGAAUAGGCCUCAGUACCAGAAUCCAUCGACCAUGAGACAAUAUAAUGCAGCCCCGUCUCGUGGUGCACAUCACCAGAGCUCAGGCUCAUUUCACUAUCAACAUCGUUCCAUUAGGCCCGAAGAAAUCGCGAGCCAGGCCCGCCUACUAGAUAUGUUAUGUCAUCAGGUCUUGAGUUACUCCGAGAUCGACAGGUCCGAGAUAGCUGAAAAGGAGGCUUUUCGUCAACGUAUAGAGCACAUCUGCCGCGAAGUCAUUAGUCAGUUUGAAGCUGGUCAGUUUGAAGAACAACCGGAUGUGAACAACAGGAUCCCCCCCUUUUCCGUGGAACUGAAGUGUUUUGGCAGCUUGUCUUCCGGUUUUGCUACAAAGGCCUCUGACCUGGACCUGGGCUUGGUAUCGCCUCUGUCCAAGAUUCCACCUGAUGCUCCUGGGUCCCCUAUACCUCGAUUGAUUGAAAAGGCAUUCUUGCAGGCAGGGCUUGGUGCCAGGCUUCUAAGUCGCACGAGAGUCCCGAUUAUCAAGAUAUGUGAGCUUCCUCCAGAAGACCUCUUUAAAGGUCUAUUGGAAGCACGCGAGAAAUGGGAGCGUGGCCUUGAUAAAGAGACUCAAUCUGGAGCUGCUGAAAUAGAGCCUGACAAUGACGGCUCUAUUCGAGGCGAGGACGAAGAUCACGAACAAAGCGGAGUCGCCGAGGCUGGUUCAGAUUCGGUGGGUGAAUUUGAGAUACUCUGCAAGGAUUCUACUGAACCACAGCGAUUUCGACUUCAACAAGGCCCUAAAAACUCACUAGAUUCCUACUAUGGUCUGGCCAAGCGCAUUUUACGGAGAGCUGGUGGCUACGAUAUUACUGCUUCAAACUGCAAAGAUUUUACGGCAGCCGACUGGGACAUUCUAAACCGUGUCUGUUACGCAUUUAUCCAGGGGCUAGCGGACGAUUCUUUGCGGGAUCAUGUUUCCAGACUUCCUUCCAUUGCUGCAGCGAAUGCUCGUUCAAACUCACUCGACCAUCGCUCUCUUUUUGGAGUGUUUAUGCAAGUAGAGGGAGAAAACAUACUGCGCCAAUGGAAGUCAUGGCACGAAGGGCUCCCUCUAAGACAACCUGAGGAUGACAAAGUCAUAAGACAGUGGGAAUCUCUGCAAUUUAGGUCAUUGCUGGAUAUUGAACCUGUCACAUACAACAGAGAACUUCAACUGGCCCUCGAGAAGCUCAAGAAAAUUCCCUCCGUUCAACUAUUACUGUUUGAGCAAGAUCAACAAGAGACACCUUCGCAAUAUUACACCAGGAUAAGGAGCAUCGUAAACAGUUUAGGGAGCUCGGCGCCCGCACCUCAAUCAACCAUAACCAGCCGAUAUGUUGCUGGGGUAUUUCAUGAAGAGAUACGAGAUCAACUGAGUGGUUAUCUUGAACAAUUCCCGGAACAGGCAACGAUUCAAGCGGUAGGAUGUCGCCACAAAAGUAUUCAUCUAGCCAAUGAAUUUGAAAGGGCUAUUGAAAAUAAAUUGUACGACGCUGCUGUCGUACCUGCUAUCAAACGCUAUAUCGAAAUAUUGCGGCAGCCCCUCGAGAAGAGAAUGAUGGCACCUGGGAAACCAUAUUAUGUCGUGUCAAUCCCCGCCGAGUUCUCUUCAGAUUUUGGCAAGAUCAAGGCACUUACUGAUCCCCAUACAAUGGCACCAAAUCAAUCUGGUCAGAGGCAACGAGAUCCGCUCGAGUUUCCCAAAUCCGAUGUUGGGGUACAAUGCGACAUCAACUUUUCUGCCCACCUGGCUCUCCAGAACACCCUUUUGCUACGCUGCUAUUCGCAUACUGACCCGAGAGUCCGACCCAUGAUUCUAUUUGUCAAGCACUGGGCCAAAAUGCGUGGCAUCAACUCUGGAUACCGUGGCACUUUGAGUAGCUAUGGUUACGUGCUGAUGGUACUGCAUUAUCUCGUCAAUGUUGCGCAGCCCUUUGUGUGCCCCAAUCUCCAACAGCUCGCACCGGCGCCUCCCAACAACUUGACUCCGGCCGAGAUACAGUCCACGAUAAGCUGCCGAGGCUACAAUAUCCAAUUCUGGAGAAACGAGGAAGAAAUCAUCAGACUGGCAUCCCAAAAUCAGCUCAACAGAAACACCGAAAGCGUGGGUAGAGGGUUUGACUGGGGCCGCAAUGUCAUCAGUUUGCGAACUCAUGGAGGAAUUUUGACAAAGCAAGAAAAGGGCUGGACGGGGGCAAAGACGGCUACCAAGAAUGGAGAGGUCAAAGAGAUCCGACUUCGGUAUCUAUUCGCCAUUGAAGAUCCGUUCGAAAUAGACCACAACGUGGCACGAACGGUGACACACAACGGCAUCGUCUCGAUCCGCAAUGAGUUCCGCCGAGCAUGGAGGAUACUUCGCGCCGCUGGUAAUGGAGACACUCAAGAGAAUUUGUUGCAGGACGUUGAAGACGAGAAGGAGGCCCCUGUUGCACUUUUGCAAUUACUUGCAGAUAUACAUGAAGCUACUCCAGUAUGA